CCAUUCUCCCUUUCCCCGCAAAAUUCAUCUUUCUGCGUUCCUUUUUCACACGCCACACCUACUAUAUACACCUCAUACUAUUUCAUUUUUCUAUUCAUUUCUUCUUCUUCUUCAAUUUCUUCUUUAGCUCACGCAUUCAACCGCUGUAAUCUUAUUUUUUUUAUAAUUAUUUUGUAAAUUAAUUCACAAUUUAAUGGAGGUGUCAUGUUCACCGCCGCUCUCUGUCAAUUGCGUGCUGAAUUCCGGUCCGAUCCGGCGUGUUCCUGCAUCCGCCGCUCACCACCGCUGCAGUAAAUUAGUAGCCUUUUCCCCAAAUUGCCCUCCCACUUCUACUGCUUGCAGCACCAGCAGCAGCUAUUCUUCCUCCUAUUUGGGAGUUUCGCUUGCUCAAAAUUGUGGAUUGAAUCGGAAUUGCACAGGUGCUCUGAAGAAGCCAAGGCGGAGGCGGCCGUUUUUCGUGGUCUCAGGAAUCUUCGAGAGGUUCACGGAGAGAUCGAUCAAAGCGGUGAUGUUCUCGCAGAGGGAAGCCAAAGCUAUGGGCAAGGACAUGGUGUACACGCAGCACCUCUUGCUAGGCCUCGUUGCAGAGGAUCGCGACUCCGGUGGAUUCCUGGGAUCUGGCAUCACCAUUGAUGCUGCACGAGCUGCUGUGCAGAGUUUGUGGGAGGAAGAUAAUCAGAAAGACGGGGAUGGGGAGACUUUGCAGCAGUCGGAGACGUCAGCUACGGAUGUGGCGUUUUCAGCUAGCACCAAGCGCGUGUUUGAGGCUGCAGUGGAGUACUCCAAGACUAUGGGGUAUUAUUACAUAGCACCUGAGCAUAUUGCUGUUGGAUUGUUCACCGUUGAUGAUGGCAAUGCUAGCCGUGUGCUUAAGAGAUUAGGUGUGAAUGUGAACCAUUUGGCAACAGUGGCAGUCUCCAGACUUCAAGGAGAGCUCGCCAAAGAGGGAAGAGAACCAGCUUCCACUGCAUUCAAAAGGCUACAGGGAAACAUCCUUCCUGAGAAAAUCAAUCAAGCAAACUCUCCUGCAAAGGAAACAGAGAAAAAAGCUCUUGACCUAUUCUGUGUGGAUCUCACUUCCCGUGCUAGCCAGGGAUCUAUUGAUCCUGUAAUUGGCCGAGAUACUGAAUUACAGAGAGUCAUUCAAAUUCUUUGCCGAAGAACCAAGAGUAAUCCAAUUCUUCUUGGUGAAGCUGGGGUUGGAAAGACAGCUAUUGCCGAAGGACUGGCUCUACAUAUUGCUGACGGGACCGUUCCCUUAUUUCUAACGGAAAAGCGUAUAUUGUCUUUGGAUAUAGGUCUCCUAAUGGCAGGUGCAAAGGAGAGGGGAGAGUUAGAGGGGCGUGUGACCAUGUUAAUAAAAGAGAUUCAAAAGUCAGGAAAUAUAAUUUUAUUUAUUGAUGAGGUCCACACGCUUAUUGGUUCUGGCACAGUUGGACGAGGAAAUAAGGGUUCUGGUCUUGAUAUAGCCAAUCUAUUGAAACCAUCACUUGGACGGAGUGAAUUCCAGUGUAUCGCAUCCACAACUAUGGAUGAAUUCCGCUUGCAUUUUGAGAAGGAUAAAGCAUUGGCACGGAGAUUCCAACCUGUUUUGAUUAAUGAACCGAGUCAGGCCGACGCUGUUCAGAUACUGAUGGGCUUGCGUGAAAAAUAUGAGUCCCACCACAAAUGUUUAUACACUUUGGAGGCCAUUAAUGCUGCUGUACAUCUGUCUGCUAGAUAUAUUCCAGAUAGACAUCUUCCCGAUAAAGCUAUUGAUCUUAUCGAUGAGGCUGGAAGUAGAGCUCGAAUGAAAGCAUCCAAGCGCAAAAAGGAAGAGCGAACUUCUGUACUUUCAAAGUCACCUAGUGAUUAUUGGCAAGAAAUUAGAACGGUGCAGGCCAUGCAUGAAGCAUCACUGGCAACAACAGUGGCAGAAAAUGAUGACAGCUCAAGCUUGGAUGAGAAUGGAGGACGUAUUAAUAAUCCGUCUUUGGUAUCCUCUUCCUCAGAUAAUGAAAUUACAGUGGUUGGGCCUGAGGAUAUAGCUUCUGUUGCCUCAUUCUGGUCAGGAAUCCCAGUUAACAAACUAACAGCUGAUGAUAGAAUGCUUCUGGUGGGCCUUGAUGAGCAGCUGAAGAAAAGAGUUGUUGGUCAAGAUGAGGCUGUCACUGCUAUUUGUCGGGCUGUGAAAAGAUCCCGCGUAGGCCUGAAUGACCCAGAUAGACCAAUUGCUGCGAUGCUCUUCUGUGGCCCUACUGGUGUUGGGAAAACUGAACUCACUAAAGCUUUGGCAGCAAGUUAUUUUGGUUCUGAGUCUGCCAUGCUAAGAUUGGACAUGAGUGAAUAUAUGGAGCGGCAUACUGUAAGCAAGCUAAUCGGAUCUCCUCCUGGCUAUGUCGGUUAUGGAGAAGGAGGCACUCUAACUGAAGCUAUAAGAAAACGGCCGUUCACUGUUGUGCUGUUGGAUGAGAUUGAGAAAGCUCACCCAGAUAUAUUCAACAUCUUGCUACAAUUGUUCGAAGAUGGUCACCUAACAGACUCUCAGGGUCGAAGAGUAUCAUUCAAAAACGCACUGGUAGUAAUGACUUCCAACGUGGGAUCUGCUGCCAUUGCUAAGGGCAGACACAACUCCUUUGGUUUUUUUACCAAUGAAGAUGAGUCAGCAUCAUAUGGUGGGCUGAAAGCAUUGCUGGUGGAAGAGCUAAAGGGUUAUUUCCGCCCAGAAUUACUAAACAGAAUAGACGAAGUAGUGGUGUUUCGUCCUCUUGAGAAACCUCAGUUACUUGAAAUAUUGGAUAUAAUGCUACUUGAAGUUAAAGAUCGUCUGGCUUCUUUGGAUAUCGGUCUGGAGGUAUCAGAAGCGAUUAUGGAGUUGAUAUGCGAACAAGGCUAUGACCGGAGCUAUGGGGCUCGGCCUCUCAGAAGAGCAGUCACACUUAUAAUUGAAGAUCUGGUAAGUGAAUCUCUACUCUCUGAUGAAUACAAGGCUGGUGACAUUGCUGUAAUCGAUGUCGAUAGUUCUGGGAAUCCGGUCGUCACCAACAAAUCAAAUAGGAUCGAAUUAUCCGAUAGUAGCUCCAAAUUAUAAGGAGAUCGAGUU